AUGAUUAGUAGAAGGUGUGAACAUUUCAUAUUUUCUGGAUUAAUUCUCAUCAGCUUUAAAAUGAUUAUUUCAGCUAACACAGGUUUCACUGUCUCCGUUUACGAUGUGACGUCAAGGAGUAUUUCUCUCCGAUGGCCCAAAUUCCCAGGAGCUUUUUCUUACAGAGUGACGGCAAGCCCUGUGAACACAGUCGGGCACUCUUUGAUGGUCCAUUUCAGUGACGUUACACUUAUAGGUACUCUAGUAUCACUGUCUCCCAAUACAGUCUAUACUAUAAAGGUGGAUGCUAUUGAUAAGAAUGGAGUUAUACUGGGUGAAGCACAGACUAUGCAGUUAACAGCUCCUGAGAUUCCCAUUAUGGAACAAGCUUAUUCAAAAUUGAGUAACAGUAUCACAGUGGAAUGGGCAGCUGUCGCUGGGGCAUCCAGUUACCUGCUGACAGCACAGGAUGGAGAGUCAUUCAUUGAAACAAUAGUCACAAAUUCACCAGGCACUGUGACAGGGCUGAAGGCUGCUACUCUGUAUAAAAUUACCAUCCGAUCUAUAAACGCUGGAGGAAAAAGUCUGCCUUCCCCUUCAAAGAAGGCAAAGUCAGUGCUUGCUGCACCAAUCCUAACAGCAAAUUCCCCAAGUUCUGACAACAUUGUGGUGAGCUGGAGAGCUGUAUAUAUGGCUGUUGGAUUCUUCGUGUCUAUCAUGAGAUCUGAUGGUUUGGGUGGCAUGUUGAAAGAAAACACCACCAACAAUUCACUGGUAUUUUCCAGUCUAGACCCAGGAACUCUCUAUACCAUCAAGGCACAUGCUUGGGACAGUCAUGGGAUACCUGGGGAUGACUCCACCUACAACCAAAGAACAAGGCCUCAUGCGCCAGGAGAUGUUCAAGUGGUUUUUGACAGUGGAGCUUUGAGAGCAACUGUUUCUUGCCUGCUGACAGAAGGAGCUUCCACUUAUAUCAUUGCAGCCUACAGUGGUACCUCCAAGCUGAACUGUAGUACAACGUCCACCUCCUGCACUAUCCCAUCACUUGAGUGUGGGGCUGAGUAUUCCCUCUCUGUUGUAGCAAGCAAUGAAGCUGGUUCCAGCACACCGACAGAAGCCGUGGCUUUCAAAACUGUGCCUUGUGCUCCAGAAAGUAUAACAAUUGAAGAGGAUGAGCCAGGCAAUUUGGCAGUGUCGUGGUCAGAUGUCGACCUAGGUGAUUAUUAUGUGGUCUUUGUGAAGAGUGAUGACGGCUUGGAGGUGCACUGCAACACAUCACAUACUCAGUGCCACUUCCAAUCAGACUGCGGCUUCACUUAUUUUAUUAGUGUCUUUGCGUAUAACAAGGCAGGGCAGAGCCCUUUAGGCGACAUAUUUAACUAUACCACAGCACCUUGCUGCCCCAGUGAUUUUAAUCCAGUGUACGUGUCUAGUGACACAGUUCAGAUUGUCUGGUCUCCUGUCCGUGGUGCUGAAAUGUAUGAAACCAAAGCUGUUAACUGGACCAAUGAGCUGCUAUGCAACGACACUGCCACAGUUUGUACCUUGUCUGCACUGCAGUGCAACACUCAAUACAAUAUCACUGUCUAUUCGUUCAGUGAAAUUAGGGGCAGCAAUACAUCAUGUGCAUCAAAACACGUGGCAACAGCUCCAUGUAGUCCGGAAAUAAUAAGCGUCUCAAAGGAUGUUCCUUCCGUAAUUAGUGUGCACUGGCAUGCCAAUAACGAUGAAGCGACAUAUACAGUCACUGCCAAAGGAGCGGCAGGAAAGUGGCACUGCACAAGCUCUGGAAAUUCAUGCACUAUCCAUAAUCUCCCAUGUGGGUCACUGUUUUCUAUCAGCGCUGUAGCAAGUACAGAAGCAGGACACAGCUUACCUAGUUACAGCGUCCCUUUAGAGACAGCUCCUUGCUGCCCAGCUGAUCUUACAGUAACUCAAGUGACACAGUCUGUGACAAACAUCAGCUGGUCUAUUGGGACUGGCGCAAAGACAUACAUAACAAUUUUGCAUUCACACAAAGGACAAGCCAGGUGUCACACGCUCCAAAGCUACUGCCUCCUGGGAUGCAUUACAUGUGGAACCAACUACACUGUGUCUGUCAAAGCAAUCAGUGAAACCGGUUUAAUAUCAGAUUGUAAAUACAGAGGAUUUUCUUCUAGUGCCUGCUGCCCUUCUGGGGUUAAACUAUAUAGAUUGGGCAACAGUGGCAUACGAAUAUACUGGCAGACCUCUGAAGAGUCAGUAAACUAUAGCACAGAUCUGUAUGGCUCAAAAGGAAAUUUCACCUGUACACCAAACGCAGUCCUGACUUAUUGUGAUAUCACUGAGAUACCAUGUGGUGAUGUUUAUACAGUUGUGGUAUCACCUGUAACUGAUGAUAAAGGAUCAAAACUUGCAUUUUGUCCUAAGAAGAUCUAUUCAGUGACAUGCUCUGGAAGUUCAGUAGGAAUGGUGAUUUAUAGAGGAAGAAGUGCAGAUCACCACCAGGUGCUACAGGAAAGAACAGACUGAAAUAAACCGGUAAGAAUAUCAGAAUAUUAUUUCA